CAGCCUUUGAAAACAAGUAUUUUUAAACUAGAAGAGGGUCCAGAACCCCCACUUAUUCCAGAGGGAAAAAAUGAAGCCAAUCAUCAAGAAGGACAAAUAGAAUUUAAUAGGCAAAGAGAUGGCAAUACCCAAGGACAACCAAGGGCAUUUAGUCUGCAAGAACAACCAGGAUAUUCUAACCAGCCAAGGAAACCAAGGAAUUUUAAUCAGCAAGGGAAGCCAGGAGUUUUCAAUCAGCCUGGGAGUCUGCAAGGAAGUUCAGGACAAUCUGACCAAAAAGGGAAUCAAGAAGCUUGUAAUGAGCAAGGAAAACCAGGUUGUUCUGGCCAGCAAGGAAAGCCAGGAUCAUCUAAUGAGGGAGGGAAGCCAGGGUCAUCUAAUGAGCACGGGAAGCCAGGAUCUUCUGGCCAGCAAGGAAAACCAGGGUCAUCUAACCAGCAAGGGAAGCCAGGGUCAUCUAAUGAGCAAGGGAAGCCAGGGUCAUCUAAUGAGCAAGGGAAGCCAGGAUCUUCUAACCAGCAAGGGAAGCCAGGGUCAUCUAAUGAGCACGGGAAGCCAGGAUCUUCUGGCCAGCAAGGAAAACCAGUAUCUUCUAACCAGCAAGGGAAGCCAGGGUCAUCUAAUGAGCAAGGGAAGCCAGGGUCAUCUAAUGAGCAAGGGAAGCCAGGAUCUUCUAACCAGCAAGGGAAGCCAGGGUCAUCUAAUGAGCAAGGGAAGCCAGGAUCUUCUGGCCAGCGAGGGAAACCAGGAUCUUCUAACCAGCAAGGAAAACCAGUAUCGUCUAACCAGCAAGGGAAACCGGGGUCAUCUAAUGAACAAGGGAAGCCAGGAUCUUCUAACCAGCAAGGGAAGCCAGGAUCUUCUGGCCAGCAAGGGAAGCCAGGAUCUUCUGGCCAGCAAGGGAAGCCAGGAUCUUCUGGCCAGCAAGGGAAACCAGGGUCAGCUAGCCAAAAAGGAGAGCCAGGAUUGUCCAGCCACCAAGGAAAAGCAAGGUCCUUUUACAAUCAAGAAGAAAAAAUGGAGGCAACUCUUUGAAUGACAGUUUAAUGGAGAUUCAGGUCGAGUAAUGGAAAACUGAGCCUGAACCACGAGGGGCAAUGUUAAGCAUCCACAGCAACCAAACUACCUGGAACCUUAGAAUCCACUUCCCAUUCUCUUUAAACAAUGGGUUUCCCUGGGAGUUCCACUGAGGUCCGCCUGAGUCAUACAGAUAUGAUGGAUCCUACAUUCUUUACUAGUUU